CGAACAUAAUGCCGUCACAUCGGCUUCUCUUUCGGGCAUUCCUGUAUCUCAUCUGCCUUUCUGUCCUUGUGCCGUUCAUCAUCUUCGUUAGUGAGAACUACUUCUACGGACAUUCCGACAGUACGAGUGAAUUUGAGCAGGAAGCUCUAGAGGAGACAAAAGACCGCCAUGAUCCGUCUGGGGAGAUGAAGGCCAUAAAAGAGGUUAUCACCACGCCCAUAGUUCUGUGGUGGACCCCGUUUACUGGGGAUCCUGGUUCAUACAAACGGUGUGGCGAACACAGAUGUUUCUUUACAGUAGACCGGCAUUACAGGAGACACAACAAGACCAAGGCGUUUAUGUUCUAUGGCACUGACCUUGACGAUGUAGAUCUUCCCUUACCAAGGAAUUCACAUCAGCAUUGGGCACUUCUGCACGAGGAAUCUCCGAAAAACAACUACAUUUACUCCCAUAAGUCUGUGGUAACUUUAUUUAACCACACUUGUACAUUUAAGAGAGAAUCUGACUACCCUAUACCUACGCAGUAUCUCCCUAGUUUAGAAUGGCUUUCUAACAGAGAAUAUAUGGUGCCAACAGCUGAAAAGAACCGGUUACAGAAGACGGAAUUAUCUCCCCUUAUGUAUGCCCACAGCGACUGCGGCACACCCAGUGACCGUGAUACAUACGUAGAGUUACUGAUGAAACACAUUGGGGUAGACUCGUAUGGCAAGUGUCUCCACAACAAGGAUCUACCUCCACAUUUACAACAUCCUAUUCAGGGCAUGGAUCAUGUAGACUUUUAUAAGCUGAUAUCCAAAUAUAAAUUCUCACUGGCCUUUGAAAAUGCUGUGUGUGACGACUAUAUGACAGAGAAAUUAUGGCGCCCUCUGAUGGUGGGAUCGGUUCCCAUUGUCAUGGGAUCACCGAAGGUCAAGGAUUUUUUGCCUGCCAAACACUCCGCAAUAAUAGUAGAGGACUUUGUUUCCAUAAAACAGCUUGCUGAAUACAUCAAGUUUCUUAAUGAAAACGACGAUGAAUAUGAGAAAUAUUUAGCCUGGAAAAAGACAGGGAUAGAAAAUAAGUAUUUGAUAGAACUAAUGAAAAAUCGCGAGUGGGGAGUGGAUGGAUCCCACGGUACGAAAUAUCAUAACUUUAUCGAUGGAUUCGAGUGUUUUGUAUGUCAGAGAAUUAACGAAAAUGAAAAAUUAACGAAACUAGGUAAGAAACCAAGAGCCUACCUCUCCUCUCAUAAUCAUUAUGGCUGUCCGGGCCCCAUAGCUUAUAACAGUGAAGGUACUAGGUAUGGACCCGAAGGCGUAAACAGUUGGGACUACGAGUUUGCCAACAGUCGUUACACUGCGGCGGCGAUAAGAUACCAUGUAGACAGGGGUGUUCCAUAUACCAAACAACAAUUACUCGCAACGGCGAACAGGAUGAAAGAUGAAGACCUGUAACGGAAAUAGUCUGGGUCCUUGUUGUAUAUUUCUGUAUCUAGUCGUUGGAUCUGUUAGGAGUGUAGACAUGUCAUCUGUUUUACAAAGGAGGUAUACAAAGGGAGAGAGAGGGAGAGAGAGAGAGAGGGGGGAGCCAAGAAAUACGACAGACAGAGCGAUAGAGCAAGCGGGCAAACAAGGAAGAUUGUAAGAGAAGCGAGCAUGCGAACGUACUACGAAAGAGUGUUUUUAAUAUUUGUUUUAUUGUGAUUUACGAGGUUAACUUUACUCGAAACUCCAAAAUGAAGUGCCAUUACAACAAUUGUUCGAAAGAAAUCCACGAGGAGAGAUGAAGCUCUUUUAUAUGUGAUAAUUAUAUCCUUUCAGUAAUAUGAAAGUUUUAUUAAAAUCUUUUAGACUGAUAAACGGAGAUUUUUUAAAGUGUUGAAAACGUUUUUAUGUUUAUGG